AAAAAAGGACUUCAAAUCUUGGUUCUGUUUGUUUGUUUCAUUUUCUUGAUGUAAGGAAAAUGGAUUGUUGGUAGUGAAUUGAGUCUUUUGAGUUUCUGAGAGAACUAAGUCAGACAUGGGUGAAAGCUUGCUUAUAUUUACUAAUAACAAAGUCUCUUUUUAGUUUUCUCAAGAUCGUUAUAAAUGCCUCCCUUACCAUUGCACUAGUAGCUUGCAUACUAUCGGUGUAGUUACUAUAUGAGAACUGACACUGGGGAUCGGUUUUGGUACAGAGCUCUUUAAUAUGUGAAAGGUUAUUAUUGUUUGUUGAUCUUGAUCUUUAAUGGGUAGAAUGACAAAGGACAUACUCUUAGCUUGAUACAUAUGAUAUGAUAUAUAUAACCUCAUGUCACUGCCAACUUGUUUUACUCAGUUUAGGGUAUUAAUGUCUUCCGUUUUCUUUUAUUGACAACUUUUAAUUAUUGGCUCUCUCUAGGUUCCCUCACUGGAGUGUCUAUAGACAAACAAGUGCAUUUUGUUGCUAUUGGGAGUUUGUAAAUUUAUAGAUGUAAAGAAAGAAUCGAGACAGACUCGUUUUUGCUCUCUGGUAGCAAUGAUUCGUGCCUCAGUAUACUCUCCCUAUCAUGCUAAAUACUCAGUCUUCAACAUCAAUUUCAUAACAACAAUCUCAACUCUCACCUCCUCCUCAUCUUCUUCUGUACAGACCAUCCCAGACUCUCACUCCACACCAAUUUCAAACCUUCUUUACCAGUUUCUCCCCCAAAACCAAAACCCCAACAAUAUAGUUAAUAUUAUCUGCUCAACCCUGAAGCAAGAAAGCCACCACCAUCUUUGCCAUCUUCAAAAUGACCUCAAACCCCUUCUUCCCCAUCUGGGCGCUCAUGAAGUAUCAAGGGUUCUUCUUAGGUUCCAAUCUGAUUACUCCUCAGCUCUUGUUUUCUUCAACUGGGUCAAAACUGCUUUGGGUCUCAAGCUCACCACACAAAAUUAUUGCAUUGUUCUUCAUAUUCUAGCUUGUUCCAAAAAGUUUCCCCAGGCUAUGAAAUUGUUGGGUGAAUUGAUAGAGCUGGCUAGGGAUGUAGAUGCUGCACAAAAAGAUGACAUUUUUCAUAAUUUGGUUGUUUGCGCUGAAGAUUGUAAUUGGGAUCCAGUUAUCUUCGACAUGCUCGUCAAGGCUUAUGUGAAAGCAGGUAAGACUAGAGAUGGUUUUAUCAGUUUUAAGAAGACAAUAGAAGUUGGAUUUGUUCCGAGUGUGAUUGCUUGCAAUUGUCUUAUGAAUGGAUUAGUGAGGUUGAAUUGUUUAGAUCAGUGUUGGGAGGUCUAUGAGGAUAUGGGAAGGAUUGGAAUACGCCCAAAUUUGUUUACUUUUAAUAUUUUGACUAAUGUUUUGUGCAAGGAUGGAGAUGUUGAGAAAGUGAAAGCUUUUUUGGAUAAAAUGGACGAAGAAGGAUUUGAUCCUGAUAUUGUGACGUAUAAUACUCUGAUUAGUAGCUAUUGUAGGAAAGGAAGGUUGGGAGAUGCGUUUUAUUUGUACAAGAUCAUGUUUAGGAGGGGUGUGAUGCCGGAUUUAGUUUCAUACACUGCCUUGAUGCAUGGUCUUUGUAAACAAGGGAAUGUUAGGGAGGCUCAUCAGCUUUUUCAUCGAAUGGUUCAGAGAGGGUUUUAUCCAGACAUUGUGUCGUACAACACUCUUAUAAGUGGUUAUUGCAAUGAGGGGAAGCUGCCAGGGUGCAAAUCAUUGUUGUAUGAUAUGAUUAAAAAUGGUGUUCAUCCAGACGAUUUUACUUGUAGGGUAGUCAUUGAAGGAUAUGGCAAAGAAGGCAAGCUGCUCUCUGCCCUGAAUUUCAUAGUGGAGCUUCAAAGAUAUCAAGUGUCUGUUUCUCGUCAUACUUAUGAUUAUCUAAUAGUAGCAUUGUGUCAAGAAAAUCGGCCGUUUGCUGCUAAAAGUCUGUUAGAAAGAAGUUAUAAAGACGGUUAUUUGCCUGAUUUGGAUAUCUUUAACAAAUUGAUUGAGUCCCUCUGCCAGAGCAGUAGUGUUACUGAGGCAAAAGUUUUGAAAGACGAGAUGGUUUGUAAGAACAUCAAACCCAAUCUUAUCACAUAUAAACAUCUAAUAUACUGUCUAUGUCUAACAAAUAGAACAGUGGAAGGUGAGUCCUUACUGAAAGAGAUGGUUGCAUCUGGUUUGUCGCCGGAUUCAGAAAUAUGCAGGUCAUUGAUAAAGGGUUACUGCAAGGAAAGGAAUGUUGCUAAAGCAGAAUCAUUAUUAAAGAUCUCUGCCAAAGAGUUUCAAGUUUUUGAUUCCGAAAGUUACAAUGAACUUGUCAAAAUCUUCUGCAAGGAUGGUGAUGUGACUAAGUUUUUGGAGUUACAAGAUAGGAUGAUGAAAUUGGGUUUUGCACCAAAUGGUGCUACAUUUAAGUAUGCCAUUCAUGGAUUAUGGAAAUCUAGCAGACCAGAGAAAGAUAAUCAUCUUCUUGUGGAAUAAACAUAUAAAUGAAGGCCAUACAGAAAAGGAACAAUCCUUUUGCGUAUGGUCACUUUUUUUUCCCCAGAGAUAAUGACUCAAUGAUUCUAGGAUAUACAAGGUAGAUAUGAGUGUGCUCUGGUGGAACUGGCUUCAUCCCUUCACUAACCUCAAGUAAUAUUGUUUUGCCCUUAUUUCACUGGCAUGAUGGAAAUCCUCGUGCGGCUCUGGCUGUUGGCAGAUGUCUUCUCCUUUGAUGCUAAAGUGUCAUCUAUCUUUUUGGAUAAAACUUCUACAGCUGCAAGUGACAUUCUAAGGUUCAGAGUAUGUUAAAAGAGGCAGAAGAGGCUCUUCCUAGCCCUGAUAAAACAUUGCACCAGCUGUUGGUACCAUUUGUGCGGUCUUGCAUCAAUCUGCCAAUAUUGUUAAAGCAGCUGCCUCAAAUGUUGAAUUGGUUGGUCUAUCCUGAGCAUGAACACCGCAAAUGGUCCGCUGCAAUCUCUUGGAAUAAUCUCAAGUUUCGCACAUACUACAGAUCAUAAGAAAAAGUUUCAGUCUAUCACAAGACUUGUUGAGAUCACAAAGUAAAUAUGCUUUACUAUGGGGUUGCAUCUCUGGAUGUCAUUUUCAUGGAUAUUGCAUGCCUUCAGGUGAUCUGUAGUAGCAUAAGCACCGUUUGUUGUAAAAAAGGCGUUGGGGUUGGCUUGGGCUUUUCUUGCCAAGAUUUUCUUACCAGGGUUGAUGUCGGUGAUAAUUCGAGCAUUGGGAAAGAUAUCAGAAAAGGGACUUGCAUGGGGGCAUAGUUCAGGCAUAAUUACGUAUGAUAAGUGAGAUCACUCUAGUGGCUCCUGAUAUUAUUGGAAGUCUGCUUGUAUCCCACCAAGCUAGUAUGAUGUAAAAAAACAAGUAAAUUGCUGAGUUGCCAACUGGAAACUGUGAUAACUCGGUUGAAGAUGUCUGGGGUGUCGCUGGACGUGUUUUGGUUUGGUGAGUUCUAUUGGUGCAAUGUACAGAGCUGGGGCGCAUGAAGCUAUCUUCAAGAUGAAACAUGUUAAGAUAGCAUGGGUUCUGCAUAUGAAUAGACUGGUUCAAGGUUCUGAUUGAUUUAUUCUUAUUCUAGGGGUUCUGAUAUAGUUUAGUCAGUAGGAUGGAUCUUGCUACUUGUAUGAUCAGCUUUGUUUUGUCCUUUCCAUAUCAUUUGUUGUCCAAGGACAUUGUCAGUUUGACAACAGUAUUGAUAUUGAUUCAGGUGGUUCAAACUAUGAUUCCCAAAGUUAUGCAGAUGAAGUUUAGUUAUGAGGCUUUUCUUCAUGGCUAAUGUUUCUAAAGUU